AUGGAAGCAAAAAUGAUUCAAUUACCAAUCAUGUCUGUAGUGGUCGGAUCAGCAGACAAAUUCCGAGGCAUACCAGAGCCAGGACAGCGGAUUAAUCGGCCCUUAAUGGUUGAUGCCUGGUCACAGACAACCGACAGUGAAUUUUCUUACCUACAUGAAAUCGAAAAUAGGGAGCAGCAAUCUCAAAGGGAAAGAGAAUUAAAGGAAAAAGUAAAGGCACUGGAGGAAAAUCUAAAGGUCCACAGAGAAUUACUCUCCCAAAUACAUGCGACAUCGGCAAGAACGUCAGCAUUACUGUCACAACAGAAACCACAAAGUCAGCCAAUAAAUAAUAUUGGUUACAAAAACCAAAGCAACAGCAGUGCUAAUAUAAGCAGCAAUAUUACUACAGCAGCACAAGUAAGUCCUAAAAUUGUAAAUGCCCUAAACCCUACCAAGCAAGUGAAUUGUGCUGCUGCCGAAAGUGGGAAAUAUACAAUUUUAGCUGAAGGUACGGAUACGGAUGAACCGAUAUUCAUUCAUUUGGCCGAAGAUGAUGUGUCUUUAAAUUUAAACAGUUCAAGGGAUUCAGGACGUUUGGAAAUUUGUCUGGAUACUGUAGAAAACAUUGAAAUUAAGACUGAACAUAAUAGUGUCAACAAUUCCCCUACAAUUCAACAUCAGACGGCUCCAGCAACUUCAGUCACAACACAUCAUGAACAUCAUGUCAUAAAGAGACAAAAACUGGCAGCACAGCAAAUUGUUGGAAAAGAUCAAAGAAUUAUUUAUGGCAAUAGUUUACGUAAGACGGCUAAAGUCCGAAUUACCAACAUAAACACCACAACAAUGCCAAAAGACUUUCCCUCACUCGCAGAUACGAGCAUCAUUACCUUCGAUCCAGAUAAUGUAAUGGUAUCGAUUGGGCCGAAUGACACACGGAUACCAGCUAAGGUUUAUGAUAAUAUGAAUUGGACAUCUGCCUCGAUUGCGACGAGGAAACUUCUAAUGGCCAUAUUCGAUCGGAAAGUCUUGACUGGCAAGCCUUCGCCGGCCUUUAAGGACCAAGGCAAACAACUAAAAAAAUGUUUGGAUUCCAAAGUCAUAGACGACAUUAUAUUUGCGGUAACUCGCAAAUGUCAAGUUUCCGACAAAGAAGUGCGUAAUGCCAUCGCCACGAAAUGUGUCGACGAAAACAGAAUGGUGAAGCUACAAAUGAAUAAACGGACCCGAAUGAGAGAAAUGAACAAAGAAAAUCUGAUUGGAUAA